AUGGAUGAGCAACAGAUCGAAAUCCAGAUGAGGAGUCGAGUCGGUCGAACUGGAUCCACCGAUCUCGAGAAGAAAGGUUCCUAUAAAGACAAGAUUUUGCUAGAACGAAGGCUAAAACCGGGCGACACGCUGAAUAAGAUUGCACUCCAAUACUCCCUCACAGUUUCUGAGCUAAAACGAGCGAAUAACCUGGUCGGUGAUCAAGAAUUCGUUGCGCUCAGCACUGUGAAAAUCCCGGUGAGCCGUAUGAGGCACGCGUUGAAUCUUGGAGUUGAAGGUUCAGCCGAUGAAGAAUUGCACGAGUACACUGAUCGCGUUCCGUUGAUACGAGCACAAUCCCUUCGGGACUCGCGUGAUCCCUCAGUCGAGGAUAUUUUUCACAAAACCGACAACAAUAUUGCCCAAGUUCGCGACGCGUUACCGGAAGAUGUUAUAGGAAUUCCCGGUUCAUUCCAUUUCGUCGACGCUCGUUCUCCCGAAUCUGGCUGGUCUGUGUGGGCACUUCUCGCCGCGGUUGUGAUCGUUUUCAUGGUCGUCCCUCUCCUGUUAACACUCUACGAAGAGGAAGCAAAUGAGCAUUUGAAUCCGACCGCCCAUGCAAGUAUCGAAAGCGAC